AUGACGGCCAAAAUCCGUGUCUGUGUCCGUAAGAGACCGCUCAGCGCUAAAGAAAUUAAUCGCGGUGAGAAAGAUAUGGCUUCUUGCACUGGUCGGCAGCUGGCCGUAGAUGAGCCCAAAGUACGGCUGGAUAUGACCAAAUUUAUCGAGAGACAUAAGUUUGUAUUUGAUGAAGUUUUCGAUUCUGACGCCACGAACGAGGAUGUAUACCGUCGUACAGCAUACCCAUUAGUUCAAUACCUUUUUGAAGGUGGAAAGGCCACCUGCUUUGCCUAUGGACAAACCGGAAGUGGAAAGACGUAUACAAUGCUAGAUGAAAAACAAGGGUUGUAUGUCUUGGCUGCCCGCGAUAUUUUUGUGAAGAUGCGGAACCCUGAAAACUCCCAUCUGGGGGUGUAUAUUGGCUUUUACGAAAUUUAUCAAGGCCAGCUCCAUGACCUCCUCAACAACCGUAAGAAAUUACAUGCACGUGAGGAUGGCAAGAGUAGUGUUGUUGUUGCGGGCCUAAAAGAAUAUGAAAUCGUCAACGUUGAGGGCCUAAUGCAAGUAUUCGAGUAUGGUAACAAUGCUCGCAGUACAGGAAGUACAAGAGCUAACGCGGAUUCUUCUCGAUCACAUGCCAUCAUGCAGCUUGUGCUCAAAGAUCGCUCUACAAAGUCUGUAGUAGGCAAACUGAGCUUCAUCGAUCUUGCUGGUAGCGAGAGAGGUGCUGAUCGUGGUGAAACUGAUGUCAAGACAAGGAUGGAAGGGGCUGAGAUCAAUAAGAGUUUAUUGGCGUUGAAAGAGUGCAUUCGAGCUCUGGAUCAAGGUGGAAAACACACACCUUUUCGUCAAAGCAAACUGACGCAAGUCCUAAAGGAUUCAUUUGUUGGUAAUUCACGAACUUGUAUGGUCGCCACCAUUUCUCCAAAUAACUCGAACAGUGAACAUACCCUCAAUACUCUUCGCUAUGCUGAUCGGUAUGUCUUAUAUAUCUUCAUGGGUUUCAUGGGACAAAUGUUGUUGUAUGUUUGUGUGUAG